CUCUCGGGGCAGUUGGUGGAGAAGGGCGGGGGGCUUUCCAAAUCCACUAUGAAUCCUUACAAGGCUGAAUAAGGGAACUUGAAAGGAUGCAGACAGGCAGGCAACCCGUCCGUAGUCGAGGGAUGUAGGGCCCAUAAACCUCGAAACAAGGUCUUGAGCGUCACAGAAUGAGGUGUCCCAGAGCGGCGGAAGAGUCCCGGACGCACGCUGCUUCUAGUCUCGACGGAAUCGCCACGGAGCACCGCAGAGGCUAGGGCGGAAUGGCGACGGCAGCGCAGUUCGCCAAGGCUUGGUCUCCGCCCUUCAGCCUAUUUCCUCUAACCCGCAGACCCACUACCGGAGGAGGCGGGGAGCGGGCUGGAGAGCACUAACAGUGACAGGCGGGGCGAGUCGAGGGCGCGUGACGUCACCCCGGGGUGUGCGCGGCGCGAGCGGAAGCGGAAGCGGCUCUGUUCGCCGCCUCUCCCACCGGCCCGAUGAGCUGCAGCGGCUCCGGCGCGGACCCCGAGGCGGCGCCGGCUUCCGCCGCCUCGGCCCCGGGCCCGGCGCCCCCGGUCUCGGCUCCCGCCGCGCUGCCCGCCAGCACCGCUGCGGAGAACAAGGCCAGCCCCGCGGGGACAGCAGGGGGGCCUGGGGCUGGAGCAGCUGCAGGGGGCACGGGACCCUUGGCGGCGCGGGCCGGGGAGCCAGCUGAGCGGCGUGGGGCGGGUGAGGGCCUGACGGGUGAGGGCGAGGGAAGCGUCUGGGACUGGGCCCCGCGGCGGGUGAGGGCAGAGGGUAUAGACAGACCUCGCUGGGGCCCUGCGCCUCCCACCUCUGUGUCUCAUUUUGCUGGUUCUCCUCCAGCUCCGGUGUCGGCGGGUGGCGCGGCGCCCCCAGAAGGGGCCAUGUCUAACGGGAUUUACGUACUGCCGAGCGCGGCCAACGGAGACGUGAAGCCGGUGGUGUCCAGCACGCCGUUGGUAGACUUCUUGAUGCAGCUGGAGGAUUACACGCCUACGAUCCCAGAUGCAGUGACUGGUUACUACCUGAACCGUGCUGGCUUUGAGGCCUCAGACCCACGCAUAAUUCGGCUCAUCUCCCUAGCUGCCCAGAAAUUCAUCUCAGAUAUUGCCAAUGAUGCCCUACAGCACUGCAAAAUGAAGGGCACAGCCUCCGGCAGCUCCCGGAGCAAGAGCAAGGACCGCAAGUAUACUUUAACCAUGGAGGACUUGACCCCUGCCCUCAGCGAGUAUGGCAUCAAUGUGAAGAAGCCGCACUACUUCACCUGAGCCACCCAACCUAAAUGUACUUGUCUGUCCCCAUGUCCCCACACCAGCCUGUUUUCAUAAUAAACUUUAUUGUGACAGGC